AACGAGUACUUCUUCGACCGCAACCGGCCCAGCUUCGACGCCAUCCUCUACUACUACCAGUCCGGCGGGCGGCUGCGCCGGCCCGUGCAGGUGCCCCUCGACGUCUUCCUGGAGGAGAUCCGCUUCUACCAGCUGGGCCAGGAGGCCAUCGAGAGCUUCCGCCAGGAUGAGGGCUUCAUCCAGGAGGAGGAGAAGCCCCUGCCGCGCCACCACUUCCAGCGCCAGGUCUGGCUCCUCUUCGAGUACCCCGAGAGCUCGGGGCCGGCCCGCGCCAUCGCCAUCGUCUCCGUGCUGGUCAUCCUCAUCUCCAUCGUCAUCUUCUGCCUGGAGACCCUGCCCGAGUUCCGCCAGGACAGCAAGGCCGCCCCCCCGACCGGCUUCGGGGAGGCUGCACUGGUUGAGGACCCCCUGCUCCUCUUGCCGGGGCCCGAUGGCACCCCGGGGCCGUCGCUGCCCCCAGGGGCCACCGCUGGGCCCUUCUUCACCGACCCCUUCUUCCUCAUCGAGACACUGUGCAUCAUCUGGUUCUCCUUCGAGCUAUUGGUGCGCUUCUUUGCCUGCCCCAGCAAGCCCGAGUUCUCCAGGAACAUCAUGAACAUCAUCGACAUCGUGGCCAUCAUCCCCUACUUCAUCACGCUGGGCACCGAGCUGGCACAGCAGCAGCAGAAGCAGAGGCAGCAGCAGCAGCAGCAGCAGCAGCCUGGGGCUGGCGGCAGUGGGAAUAAUGGGGGCCAGCAGCAAGCCAUGUCACUGGCCAUCCUCCGCGUCAUCCGCCUGGUCCGGGUCUUCCGGAUCUUCAAGCUCUCCCGGCACUCCAAGGGGCUGCAGAUCUUGCGAAAGACCCUCCAGGCCAGCAUGAGGGAGCUGGGGCUCCUCAUCUUCUUCCUCUUCAUCGGAGUCAUCCUCUUCUCCAGCGCCGUGUACUUUGCAGAGACUGACGACCCUGACUCCUUGUUUACCAGCAUCCCGGAUGCGUUCUGGUGGGCGGUGGUGUCCAUGACCACCGUGGGCUACGGGGACAUGUACCCUCUGACGAUUGGGGGCAAGAUCGUGGGCUCUUUGUGUGCCAUUGCUGGCGUGCUGACCAUAGCCCUGCCCGUGCCUGUCAUCGUGUCCAACUUCAAUUACUUCUACCACCGAGAGACUGACCAGGAGGAGCAGAGCCAGUACACCCAUGUCACCUGUGGCCAGCAGCAAUCUCCCUUCUCUGAGCCCAAGAAGGGAGAUAGUACUUCGUCCCUCAGCAAAUCGGAAUUUCUGGAGGCAGAAGAUUUGGAGUCCAUGAAAUAUCCCAACUUCAUUGCAACCAACAGCCAGGGCUACAAAGAGAAGAAAAUGCUGACAGAAGUGUGACAAUCUUCUCUUUUGGGGUGUGGAUUAAGACUCUUCCUUUUCAUAGCCCUUAUCCCUAUAUCCAGGAUCCUGUUGUGCUGCCUGUUCUGCACAUGCAGCUGAAUACGGUCAGGACAGCACAUCAGAUUGUGAACCGUGAUCUUGAAAGCACAGUGAUUGUAACUGGGGCACUCUUGUCCUGACUUGCCAUGCCUCGUUAGCUUGUGCAGUCAGAUGUCCUUGCUUUACUUUGUGGGGUGCUCUUUCUUGUCCCCUUACCCUUCCAUUUUAUGGCAGGAGAGCGUGCUUUCGGCCAGUAAUAGCAUUGAAGACUAAUAUUUCUCCCUUGCACAAGAGAAGCCACAGCUAUGUUUGCAGCUAGAAAGCCAGGCAAGGAAUAGUUAAGAGGGCUGCAAACAUCUGGCUCAAGCUGUGUCCAGAGCUCCUGUUCCAGCACUGUGCCCUUGGCGCUGGGAUCGGUCACGCCUGCCAUACCAUAGCCUGUGCAUAAUGGAGAGGCUGUAUCCAAGCAUCACAGUGUGUUCUGCAGCUUAUAGGGAAAUUAAGCAAACAGAUGUCUUCCCCUGACACCUUUUGCUCUGUUUGCUUAUAGAUGCACAGAUCCAGGAGCACUUUAGUUUCUUAACCGGUUGUGAGGAUUAUUGUCCCAAAUUUGCCACAGCUGAUGUGUUCAAAAACAGGCCUUUUGUGUUUAAAGUCAAUGGGCUUGGUAGAGACUGUCUUAAUUUUUUUGUUUUAGCUUGUUUGAACAUAUCUUUGUUUACAUUGGGUGUUACUUAGUAUUUAUUAUAGCAAUUAAAUUUUCACAGUAAGUGCCUUCCUAUGCAAGGCAUGUUUGAAAUGAUUCAUUUUACCAUGAAUGUAUCAAAUAACAAUGUUUAAAAGUAACGUGCUUUAUGUGGCAAGUGCCCAGGUCUGUACUGGGACACCCUGGGAACAAUUGACUUCAGUGGGGUUUGCCAGGACUUGUAUAAAGUAGGGAACUGCUCAGUGAUUUGGUUAUACUGCUGAAAAUCCCUAUUGUAAAUACACUGCCCUGGUGCAAAUCAGGAAUUGUACUAGUGAUUUGUAUUAGUGUACUAUUAACUGGGGGCAUAGGUGUUAGGGAUUUGCAUUGGCACCAGUUCAGAUUUUCCCUAAUUCAUCUGAAUAAAUCCUAAGAGCAGAAUAGUGAUCUCUCAAUUGAGGAAAAAGCUUCAUGUUGAGUUGAAAUUCCUGUUUUCUAAUAAAUGCUCAAAACAAAUAGUUUAGAUGGAAAGUGAAGACACACCUAUUCACAUGCUCCAGGUUUUUGUGAGAACAACUUUAGUCAGUGAUGCCAAAGGCACAUCUUGGUCUGAUGUAUUGCUUUGUCAAUACACAAAGGAUUUGCAUUUCCAGAUUUCAGAAUGUAUUAUAUAUUGCAUGUAACACAUGUAAUACAUAAAACAACAUGCAUAAUGGAAUAUAGUGAUGCAAUUAUA